AUGGAAAACUUAAGCAAUAUGGAAAUUAAUUCUAAUAUAUUAUUUUCUGAUAAAGAAAAUAUUACUAAUAACAAAAAUGAUUUUAAUUUAAAUAAUAUAUCAAAUGAAGAAUUUUCAAGCAGUACAGUUUUAAACAAUAAAAUUUCGAAUGAUGGAGUAUCUAAUGAUGAAAUGAGAAAUAAUUCAAUUUCUAGAACACCGAUUUCAAAAAAGAUACUUUCAGAUAAUGAAAUUUUGCAAGACGAAAUCUUAAAUAAAGGUAUCAUAAGUAAAAAAAUUUCAAAAAAAGCAAUAAAAAAUAAAUUUUCAAAUAAAAUUAGUUCGAAUAAUGAAACAAUAGUAAAGGAAAAUAUAAAUAAAAAAUACUCUAAUGAAAAUGAUACAGAUGAAGAUUCAAAUGAUGAUAACUCAAAUUAUGAUAACUCAAACGAAGAUGAUUCAAGUGAAGAAGAUUCAAACAAUGAUGAUUCAAAUAUAAAAGUUUUUAACACAAAAAAUUUAAGCGGGGAAAUUCAAAAUAGAGAAAUUCCUUCUAGGGAGUUUUUUAAUAGAGAAGUUAUGAAUAAUGAAUAUUUAAAUGGAGUUAUAAAUAAUGAUUCUUUAAACAAUGAAAUCCUAAGAAGAGAGUAUUUAAAUGAAAGUAUUGUAAACAGAGAAUUUUUAAACAGAGAAAUUUUGAAUAACAGGGUUAUAAAUAACCAAUCUUUUAACUAUGGAAUAUCUAAUAAUAGGAUUAUAAACAACGAGAUAGUGAAUAAUGAAGUUAUAAAUAAUGAUAUUAUGCAAAGUAAUUUUUCUAAUAACUUCUUUUUAAAUAAUGUUAUUUUAAAUGAUGUUUCUACUUAUAGUAUGGGUAAUAACACUAGUAUAAAUAAUUUAAAUAUUCAAAAAAACAUUAUUGACAAUAAUAUUAACUUAGCAAAACAUAUAAAUGCAAAUAAAGAAUUCAAUAAUAUAAGUUAUAGUAUAAUGAAUGAUAAUAAAAUGAAUUAUUCAAAUCUACAGCAAAGUGGAGACUUUUAUAUAAAUCAUUUUCCUAUUGAUAAAAACAUGUUUCAUAAAGAAUACAAUAAUUGCGAAAUGAAAAAUAUAAGUAUUAAAAAAACUAUAGAUAAUAUGAAUGGAGAAAAUAAUGGAAACAUAUUAAACAACUGUAAUAUAAAAUUUAAUGAUACAUAUAGCUUUAAUAAUUCAAAAAAUAAUAAUAAAGAAACUAAUAAAAUUGAAAAUGAACAUUAUAUAAAUAAUAUGAAUUCUUAUAAUAAAAUAUUAACCAAUAAUUAUGUAAAUGAUAUAUGCUUAUACAAUAACAAUUUUAAUAGUAUUAAUUAUAAUAUCAUACCUAAUAUAAAUAGCGUUUAUAGGUAUGAUAAUACUAUGAACAUAGAGAAUAAUAACUAUCAAAAAGCACCAACUUAUUCAAAUCAUAUAAAUAAAAUGUAUAAUAAUUAUGACAAUGUAAAUAUUUAUGAUUAUUCCAAAAAUAUGAAUUGCAGUAAUAAUGGUCUUGAUAAUAUUUUUUUUCCUAAUCAGAAGAGAAUAGAAAACUAUAUUAAUAAGGAUAAUUAUUUUAACAAAUGUUUAGAUAACAAACAAAAAGUUAAUUAUAACUAUCCUAACAAUAUAAUAGUCAAUAGUAAUAAUAAUAAUAAUGGUAUUAAAAAUACAAAAAAUGUAAAUUUAAAAAAUCAGGUGGAUGCUAAAAAAGCUCCUUCUUACAGUGCUCCUAUAAAUGGAAUUACUAAUGUAGGAAAAGAUAAAGAUAAAAAAAAAGUAAAAAAAGAUGCUAUUUUAAAAAAUUUUAUAAAUUCAAAUGAUUGCAUAGAUAAACUAAAUAACCAAGAGGAAAAUAAUUAUUCAAAUUCUGUUUAUGCAGAAAAUGAGUUUUAUAAUUUUAUGAGCUUUAACAACCCUGUUAAAUAUUGUUAUAAUAAUUCUGAAAGAAAUUUAGAGUUGAAUAAAGAUAUGCUAACUAAUUCUGUUAGUCUUCCUAUGAAUGAUUAUUACAAUUUAAUGAAUUAUCAUGAGAACAAUACGGAAAAUAAAUCCAAUACAUUAGAAAAUAAAAACAGCGUUAAUUCAAACGUAUAUGAAAAUAACUUUUCCAUGAAAUCGAAUUAUGCAAAUAAAGGAAAAAAAAGUGUGAUAAUAGAAAAAAAAAAUGAAAGGGAACAUCACAUCACUGAUGAAAUAGAAAAUAAUGUACAGAAAAAAAAAAAUAAAGAAAAAACAGUUAAUGAAAUCAAAAUGGAAGAAGAAUCAUACAAAGAAAAUACACAAGUAAUUAUGAAUGCAUGCGAACGUACAAAAAAAAAAAAAAGGGAAGAAGAAAUAUGUGAAUUAGAAAAAAAUACAAAGAGGAGAAGUGAAGAAUCUAUGAAUACAAUAGAAGAAUAUACAGAAAAUAAAAAGGAAAAAAAAAAAAAAAAUGAAAAUAGUAUUAUAAAUAAUUAUAAAGAGAACAUAGUUAGAAAAGAUGAAAAGGAAAUGAAUAAUAUUGAAGAGGAUAUAACAAAAAAGGAAGAAGUAAAAAUUAAUGGGAUAGAAUAUCUUUUAAAAAAGAAUAAGAAAGAAGAUAUAAAUCUAUUUUUAUAUAACCAGGGAUUAUUAAAUAAUAAGAAUACUCAAAAAUAUAUUACAUUAAAUGAGAAAAGUAACACUUUGGAAAAUAUGCAAUUAAAUGAACAUAAAAAAAAUGAUGAAAUUACUUUUGAUAAUACUAUUAUCUCAAAUAUUAAUUAUAAUGCUGGUGAUCCUUUGAAUGAAACGAUAGAAAAUAAUAAAACUAAUGAAAAAAGCAAUUUCUCGACUGAUUUUAAUAAUGAAAUAAUAAAACAGUGUAAUAUAAAUAAGGAUUCUAACUUAUUUUACAAGUCUAAUUUAAUGAAACAAAACUUGGUUACUCCUUUUUCUUUGGGAAAUGUAGAAAAACAAAAUGAUCAAGAAAUAUAUAAUAUAGAAAAUCAGAAAUCUGUAUAUGCGAAUAAAAAUGUUGAUAAUCAUCAUUUACAAAUAAAUAAUAUUAAUAAAAUUGAAAAAAAUAUGAUUAUUAAUAAUGAAAGGGGUAUGUAUAAAAACAAAAUGAAUAUAAACGAUAAUUUAGAAAACAUUGGAAAUUCUAAAGUAGAAAAAAAUGAUAUUUAUUCAAAUAAAAACUUUAUGAUGCUACAACAAAAAAAUAUGAAUGGUAAUAAUGAAAAUAUUUUACUUUAUAACAAUGGUAAUGGUAUUAUUGGAAACAGUAUCAAUUUUUUAAUGAAUAAUAAUGAAAUAAAUAAUAAUAUGAAUAGCAACGUUAAUAUGCUAAUAAGUAAUAAUUUAUAUAAUUCAUACAAUGUUAAUGCAGAAAUAAAUAAAAAUUAUAACAAUAAUAAUAUACCAAACAAUUUAACAAAUAGUUAUGACUAUGAUUCAGUAUUAAAUCAUGCGAAUAAUUAUUACAAUAAUAAUACUAUGAUUAAUAAUUUAAGUAAUAGUAUAUAUGAAAAUUGUAAUAACAUUGCUGUUUUAAAUAAUAAUUAUAUAAAUAAUAACGAAAUAUUAAAUAGAAUGAAGAUUUUACAUAAAAAUAAUUUUGAAAAUAUUGCAAAAAAAAAUUAUAUAAAAAACAAAAAUGGCAAUUUAUUUAAUGAAGAAAUGCAAAACAAUAUUUCUAGGAACUCCGAUAUUAGUAUAAAUAAUACAGUACACAAGGAUAUUCCAAAUAAUUCUAAUGAGAAAAUCAUCAAUCUCCCUAAUAAUAAUGUUAUGCUUCCAACCCGUUCGAUUAGUAACAGUAACUUACUAUUAAAUUCUGUUAGCAUUUCUACUACUAAUAAUAAUUCAGUAUUUGAAUAUUCUACUAGAUCAAAUUUCAGUACAAGUAAUAAGAAAAAUUCAAAUACAAGUAGAAAUCAAAUUUCUAACACAGUUUGCAACCAAAGUAUUGUAUCACCAUCUAAUAGCAUUUUAGAUUGUAAUCUAUCAAGUAAUUCAACAUUAAGUAAUAAUCAUGUUAUUAAUAACGAUAAAAAAAAUAGUAAUGAUAUUAAUAGUUCGAAUAAUAACGAUACAAGUGAUCAAAAAAAAAUGGUAACUCAGUCUAAUAGAAAUUCUUCAAAAAAACCCAAAAAAGCAAGAAAAGCAAAAACUUUUGGUGGUACAGUAAAAAAAGGUGGAACAGUUUUCAAUUUAGAAACUGAAUCAAGGCGUAUUAAAAAAACUCCUAUUUGUAUUUAUUCAGUAAAAGACAUAUUUAAUAACUUAAGAUUAUGUAAAAAAAAUAGUAGAAUAAUUGAAAGUGUCGAUGCAACAGUUGAAUGUGAAUGUGCAAUACAUCAUAAUAUUAAAUAUGUAAAAGAAUAUAUUAAUUUUUUACAAGAAAAAAAGAAAAAAGAAGAAGAGGAAAAGGAACAAGCAAAAGUAAACAGUAUUAAUAAUAAUUAUUUAUUAAGAAAAAUAAAAAAUAAAAACUAUUACAAUAGUUGUAGUAAUAUGAAUAAUAAUAAUUUUAAUGAAAAAAAAAGUAAAAUUGAAAAAGAAAAUUAUGAGCAGUCAUUAAAAGAGGAAUAUGGUACUAAUGAAUCAAAUAAAAUAGAAAGAAAAAAAGCAGAAGUUUUUGAAAAAUAUCAUAUUAGUCAAUGUGAUAACAUAUUGUACAAUGUUAAUAAAAUAUGGACUCCUUCAUUUAACAGGCCUUUAGGUGAUAUAGGAAGAAAAUUAAUUUUAAAAGAAAUUCGUGAACAUCAUCAUAGAGAUGCUGAAAAAACAACAAAGUUAUUAUUAGAUCAAGGCUUAGAUUACGGGAAAGUAAGAUUUAUGAGAGUAAAUGAAUUAUAUCAUUAUAUGUAUGCAUUAGAUGUCUUUGAAUAUGCCGUAAAAAUUUCAUUGGAAUUUGGUUCCAAUAUUAGAAUGAGUACAAUUAGUAGAAACGUGAAUCAUGCUAGUUUGUGCUUAAAUUUAAAAAGUGGCUAUUCUUAUUGUUUAAUUUGCUGUUCACAACGAUCAAACCUAUACGGGUUAUAUUCCAUCCUUAAGUUAAUUGAUUACAAAAUGAUUCUGAAAAAUUACUCAAAAUACUUUGAUGAAUUUGUAGAUAAAUAUAAAUUAAAAAAAGUAGAAAAAAUAGUCUAUGGAAAGAACAAUAAUAAUGAAGAAAACAAUAAAGAUAAUAUCGGUAAUGAAAAUAAUAUUAAUUAUAAAAUAAAUAAUUAUAUUAAUACUAGUAGUAACAAUAGUUAUAUUAAUAUUAAUAAAAUCAAUUUUGUUAGUGACAAUAUUAAUAACCUUAAUAAGAAUAGUGAUCAUGUUAGUACUGUAAAGGACAAAUUUAAUAGGAAAGAUAAUAAUAAUGAUAGUAGUAGUAGUAUAAAUAAUAAUAAUAAUGAUGAUGAUAAUAAUAAUAAUGAUAAUAAAAAUAAUAAUAGUAACAGUAGUAGUAGCAGUAGUAGUAGUAGUAGUACUAGUACUAGUAAUAACAGUACUAGUGAUAGUAACAGUAAUAGAAAAAAUGGAAAAGAUAAUAUAGAAAAUGGUGUAUACCAAAAAGGAAAAGGUGAUAGCUUAAAAGAUAAUGAUAAUACAAAACUAAAUAUUUUUGGUGAAUUAAAUGUAAAAAAUGAAAAAGUAAAGAAGGAAAAAAAAUUGAGAAUUGAUCAAGAUGCUGAAAAAUAUCCUAUUACUCAUAUUGUUGACAACAAAAUAUUACUUUUAAAAAGCAGUUAUGCUAAAGAUGAUAAUAAAAAAUUAAUUCCCAGUUCUUUAAAACAAGAAUACAAAAAAAAUAACAAUAAUGACAAUAAUAGCAGUAGCAAUAAUAUAAAUGAUUGUAAUAGUAUUAGUAAUAAAAAUAAUAGUGAUAGGGAUGAUGACGAUAAAAAUAGUAAUAAUAAUGAUAAGGAUGAUGGUGAUAAUAAUAAUAACAGUGAUAAGGAUGAUAAUAAUGGUAAUAAUAAUAAUAAUAAUAACAGUGAUAAGGAUGAUAAUAAUGGUAAUAAUAAUAAUAAUAACAGUGAUAAGGAUGAUAAUAAUGAUAGUAAUAAUAAUAACAGUGAUAAGGAUAAUAAUAAUGGUAAUAAUAAUAAUAAUAAUAACAAUAAUAAGGAUGAUAAUAAUGGUAGUAAUAAUAAUAAUAACAGUGAUAAGGAUGAUAAUAAUGGUAGUAAUAAUAAUAAUAACAGUGAUAAGGAUGAUAAUAAUGGUAAUAAUAAUAAUAAUAAUAAGAUUUCCUCUAAUAUAUUAAGAAACAAUGUAUUAAAUGUAAAUAACUCUGAUGAUUACCAAAUUAAUUCGUGUACUUCCCUUCAGAAAUUUAUUCCUAAUGAAAAAGCACUGUCAUCAAUUCUAAAAAGCGAAAUAUCACCAAAUUUAACACAAUUUUUUUUAAAUUUAAUUGUAACUAAAAGCAAAAAUCAUAAAUUUUCAAAUAAUUUUUUAAGUAGUAAACAUGCAAAUACUGAUUCUCUGCAUAAUCAGAUAAAAAACGUGGAAUAUAAAGAAAAAUCAAGUAAUUAUAAUAUGUAUAUUAACGUAAGUAAAAAGGAUAAAUUGAAUGAGCAUCAUUUUGACAUAUAUUUAAAAAAAAAAAAAGAAAUUAAAGAAAAUGAAAUGGAAUAUGAAAAAGAUGAAAGAAAAAAAAAAACACAAGAUGAAGAUUAUAAAGAAAAUGAAGACUUGAAUCAAGAUAAGAAAAAAGAACAAGUAAAAAAAGAGAAUGAAAAAGAAGAAAAGCAGGAAAAAGACGAAGAUAAUAAUGAUAAUGAAUAUGAAAAAUUAAAAAAUGAAGAAAAUGAUAAAAAAAAAAAAAUAAAUAAUCAUCAACAUAUUCAAGAAGAAUAUCAAAAGAAACAAGUAAUUGAAAUAUGCAACAAAAAUGAAAUAAAUGAUAUUAUCAACAAAGGAAUAAGUAUUAACGAUAUUAAUAUGAAAAAAGAAUUUAAAAAAAUUGGAAAACAUAACGGAUAUUAUGAGAAAAAAUAUUUCGACUUAAAUAAGAUAUUAAAAGAAAUAAAAAAAAAAAAUAUAUAUACAUCAAUGUUGAGUGAAGUACAAAGCAAAAAUGAUAAAAAAAAGGAAUCAUCUAAUAAAACAAAAAAAAACAGGUUUUUACUAAAUAAUUGCCAUUGGAAACAACCAAAGGAAUUAACAAUAUUCCUUGAAAAUAAACAAUUUGAAAUUUCUAGCUAUAAUCAUUUUGAUAAGUUAUCUUCCAAUAAUCCAAUUUGUAACAACUUGGAAAAAAACAGUUGUAAUUUUGAUACGGAUAAAUUUUUACAUAAUUUAAAGAAUCCAUUAGAAGAAAUAGAAAGCUCCUUACUUUUUAAUUCAUUUGAAAAAAAAAAAUAUUUCAGGUACUGCAUACUUGACAUAAAUAAAAAAAGAAAAAAAAAAAGAGGAAAAAAAAAAUGUUUUAAGAAUACAUAUAAAUUUAUACAAUUAUUUAAAGAAGUAUAUGAAGAAAGAAAAUUGAAAAAUGAAUCUAUUAACAAAAAAAGUGAUUUUUCUAAAAAAAUGUUUGAAAAAAAAUAUAAUGAAAAUGACAUAUUGAAAAAAAAAAUAACAAAUGUAAAUAUAUGUAAUAAAUAUAAUGGAACAGUAAAUAAAAGUGAAUAUAAUAAAAAUGAAAAAGAUACAACUAAAAAAAACAAAGCAAACAAAAGAAAAAAAAAAAAAAAUGAUGUUUUGCAAUAUUUUCCUGGAUAUAGAAAGGAUAAAAAUUUUAAUAUUUUAAAAAAUUCGAAAAAAAGAAAAUUAAAUUUCACCAAGUUUAUAGAUUAUUUAAUAACUAAUUAUGAGUCAAAUAAUUUAAAUGAGAAAAUAAAAAGUGAUGUAGAUAAUUAUAAGUUAUGA